AUGUCGAACCUCCUAGAGCACGUUCUAGAGCUCUACCCAAAACUGGACCAUGACAUCGCGGACUACCUCGGCGGCGUCCUCGAAGAUGUCGACUGCUUUGACUCGGCCGAUGAUGUCGCUGAUGGAAUCGGACCAUUUCUGAUCGACUGCGCUCAAGCAAUCCAAGACGAUGUCGAUACUCUCGCAGAGAAGCUCUGGGGCUUGAUGGACAAGAAGAGCGACGAGCCGAUCAAGCUCGUCAAUGCUGUGGUCUUCGGCGACAGCGCAGUCGACACAUCUGAGUUCGACUCACUCCUCGUCACCGACAUCGAGCUCCGUGGAAACUACAACGCCAAGGAAUCCGCGAAAGCUGAUAAGAAAGCCCGAGCGAAGCUUGCUAAACGGCAAGCUGAGGAAGAAGCUGAAAAGAACAAGGAAAAAGAAGCGCUGGUCAAGGAACAAGCCGUCGCUUCCCAGGCCAAAUCGAAGCCGGGAAUUUCUAUGUCCGGCGAUAUUUUGAUCGAAAACUUCGACUUGACCUUCGGCGCCCAGCAGUUGAUCCAAAAUGCGGAGCUCAAUCUCGCCCAAGGAAAAAGAUAUGGGCUUGUCGGCCGAAACGGUGCCGGUAAAUCUACUCUUCUACGAGCUCUCGAUUCCCGGGGGCUGUCGCUUCCGUCCAAUAUCACCGUUCUCCACGUAGAACAAGAAGUCGUUGGAGAUGAUACGACCGCCCUCGACUCCGUCCUUGGCGUCCUGACCGAGCGAACCAAUCUCCUCAAAGAAGCAGAUGAUCUUGGCGCAUCGGGAGCGGAUAAUGACAGAUUGUUAGUCGUCCACGAGCGAUUAGAGGAAAUCGACGCGGAUUCAAAGCCGUCCGAAGCUGCCGAAAUUCUCAACGGUCUCGGUUUCACUACGAAGAUGCAGCAAAUGACGACGAAGGAGUUUUCUGGCGGUUGGAGAAUGCGACUUGCUCUCGCGCAGGCGCUGUUGAUGGAGCCUGAUCUGUUGUUGCUUGACGAACCGACAAACAUGUUGGACAUGCGAGCCGUUUUGUGGCUCGAAAGCCGUCUUCAGAACUGGCCGAAUACCUUGUUGACGGUUUCUCACGACAGGAGUUAUUUGAACUCUGUUUGCACGGACAUCAUUCAUCUGAGCUCAAGGACUCUGUAUUACUACAAAGGCGACUAUGACACCUUCGAGAAGACGAGAGGAGAGAGACACAAGCAACAACUCAGAGACUACGAGGCUCAAAAGAGCUACAGAGAUCACAUCCAAGUCUUCAUUGACCGAUUCCGAUACAAUGCCAAUCGCGCCGCUCAAGUCCAGUCAAAGAUCAAGAUUUUGGAAAAACUACCUGUCCUUUACCCACCAGAGCCACCAGAGGUCGUCAAGUUCGGCUUCAACGCGCCGGCCGAAGAGAGAAUCAAUGGAACUCUUCUUCAAAUGGACAAUGUCGAGUUUGCUUACAGCAGCUCUCGUCAGAUUUUCAAGGGUAUCGACUUGAGCUGCGAUUCCAAGAGCCGAAUCGCCAUUGUCGGCGAGAACGGAGCCGGUAAAUCGACCCUAUUGAAGCUGCUUCUUGGCAAGCUGGAGCCGACGAAAGGCUACGUAACGCACAACCGAAACUGCCGAAUCGCCUAUUUCGCACAGCACCACAUUGAAGACUUCGACCUCUCGCUUACCCCUAUCGAGACGCUUCGUGAUUUCAAACCUGGGAAGACUGCUGAAGAAUACCGAAGAAUUCUCGGCGGUUUCGGAUGCACCGGAGAUGUGGCUACGAGAAAAAUGAACGUCCUUUCUGGAGGUCAGAAGUCGCGAGUUGCCUUUGCCAAGCUCGGAUUCGCCCAGCCGCAUUUGCUGGUUCUUGACGAACCGACAAACCACUUGGAUGUUGAAACUGUCGCUGCUUUGGCUGAAGCGCUCAAGCAAUUUAAGGGAGGCGUCAUUUUGGUUUCUCACGACGAGCGGCUCAUAUCAGUUGCCUGUAACGAAGUCUGGAACUGCCAGGACGGCACUGUCAAACGAAUCGAAGGUGGACUCGAAGCUUACCGAAGCGCCCUCAUGGCCGACUUCAAUAAGGGAGGAAUCAGCAAGCACAAAGAAUAA